AUGGAUAAAUCAUUCCAAGAUUUUAUGAUCACGGACAAGCAAGAUUUAUUAAUCGAAAAUUCAUUCAAUACCGAGAAAAUAUACUCGUCAACUAAUAAGAAGCUACAACAAUCAUCUGUAGUAAAACCAUCCUUUGAUUAUGAAACAUUGUUAUCAGAAAAUAAGCGUUUAGAGUCAGAUAUAAAAACUUUAAAUCUCCAAAGUGUGCUUCAACAACAAAAUAUGAAAUUAAUGGAAGAAAAGUUGGUGUACAAUGAUUCUACAUUACGAUUUUUUAUGGAUCUUCAUAAAGUUG